AUGUGUGAUCGAGGAAGAGCUGGAAGUUCUGACAGACAGGACUCAGAUGGUGAUGACUCUGAUGGCCCAGAUGAUGAAGAUAACGAUGGAGAAGAGGAAGAUGAGGAGGACAGUCAGGCGGAGUCUGGAGUCUCUGCAACACCAUCUGUUUCUGCAAGUCCACAGCAUCUUCCUGCUAACCAGGCUGACAUGGCUCCUAGCUCUCUGCUGGCUAAGAUGUCCAUCAGCCUGAAUCAAACCCCAGCUCCCCAAACUCAGCCUCCUCAAGCCUCAGACUCCCAGACCUCAGACACAGAGCCUGUGGCUAUGACAAGUCCUGUUUCGUUGGUCAGACAGAUGUCAAUUUCUGCAUCCUGCUCCAGCCCUGGUCCUAGUCCCAUCUCUUUCACAUCCUACCCUGCCCCUUCCUCAGAAUUCCACACCUCUGAUACUGACUCCGUACACAUGAUGAGCCCAGUGUCACCUUGUAGGCAGAUGUCCAUCGACUACCCCGACUUUGAUGUUCCCCCUAGUCCCCCAGUGCCAGGCAAGGGUGGCAAACUUGGCCAGGAAGGGGUGUCAAGCACCAUAUCCCAGCCUGCAAGUGAGUGCAAUGCCAACGUCGACCGUGGUACUCAGACCUCUUCUGACCCUCUUCAGGGUCCUCUGCACUUUCCAAAUGCAGAUCUGAUCCAUGAGGCCAGAGUGGAAGCCACUACUCAUCUCUUCAGCCACCUGCCAUUGCACUCCCAACAGCCCCCUCGUUCCCCAUACAGCAUGGUACCUGUGGGUGGCAUCCAGCUUGUUCCCACCGGUUUGGCUGCUUACUCCACUUUUGUACCCAUUCAGGCCGGGCCAGUCCAGCUAACCAUCCCAGCACUCAGCGUGAUCCACAGGCAGACCGGAAGCCCCCUCCCAGCAUCCAACACCUUGCAACCAGAGGGCUCCCCAACCCAACCGCUGGUAGUUCAGGAACCAAUCAGUAGUGUACUGCCUUGUUUCCCUCUGGGGCAAGUGGCAGGGCUUCAGACACUUGGUGCUCCCCAAACCGCCAUGCAGCCUGUGGGUUUGGAGACCUUGAGCAUGGUGGGUUUAGCCAACUCCACCCAGCUGAUGCCUCAACAGAGUCUCCCAUUAAAUGCCACCCUAGGCGUACAAGUGUUGGCAGCUAGCCCUGCACCUCAGUGCAGCACUGCUUCCCCAGCACAAAUCCCUGGCCUGCAGAUCCUCAACAUUGCCUUGCCAGCCCUUAUACCAUCCCUUAGCCCCCUCUCAGCUCUCAGUCCACUUCCUGCAGCCCAGAAUAAGUCACGUAGCCCUGAGGGUGUAGCAUCUGUACCUCCACCAGCAAAGGUUGCAGAAUCAGCACCAGCACCUAUUUCUUCAGCCAGUCCUGCAAUAGCCAAUCCAGGAGAUGUUCCUACAAAUGCAAAGCCAUCCACAGAGCCAAAGCAGGUCUCUCAAAACAGCCCUAGCACAAGGUCUAUGGACACAGGGGGUGUAAAGAAGACUACAACCAUGGUGGACAAACCCAACACACCACCACAACCUCCUUCGCUCUCCUCCCCCUCAUGCUGUAAUGAGAGAGGCUGCGAUGUUGCACACAUGGCAACUGCUGGUGGGGCUGGUGAAGUGAAAAAGCAACUUGUCUCUAGACAACCAGUGACUGAGGACUACAAUGAAGCCUCUAGUGAUGAUGAGGAUAGACUUGUCAUAGCUACCUGAGAAUCCCAAUAAAAGCUCUGUCUUUUCUGCCUAUGUAUUUCUCUUUCUCUUUCCACUUCUUUCUCCUCCUUUUUUGUAAAACUUUGUCACUUUGUAAAACUAAAACACUUCAGGAGGUUUGCUGCUCUGCAAACCUUCUCUAAAAGCACAUUUUCUGACAGUGAUAUUGUAUGUGCAAUCAUAAAUGAUGACCAAUUAUUUUAUUUUGUAGUUUUUUUUUGUCAGCACCAGACAGUUUUUCUUUUCUUUUUGUACAUGUUGUAUAUACAAUUGUGCCUUUUGGAGUUUCUCAUUUAGAAACCUGUAUAUAAUAUAUUAUAAAUCUAGUAGUCACCUAUUUGGAAGUUAAGUUCAUAUGGAAGUAAAAGAAGAAUGGAGGAAAUUUGUUUUAUUUUUUACAUUUUUUAUUUUUAAAAAGUUGUUAAAAUGUCGUAAACUGAUGGGGAAAUUAAUGUUGUACUGAUAUAUAAACAUUUCUAUGGCUUUUGGGGGGCAGUGUUCUUGUGCACAGAUGUUGUGGUCAAGUAUUUAUUAUAUUCCACCUGGUGCCCAUUUUGAACUCCAUAAGACCAUAGGUAUGAGUAAAAUGGUGGCUUUACGUUUGCUGUAUCUAUACUAUCAACAGUAUCAGUAAAACCUUGUUUACAAGUGUA